GGAACCUUCUGAUGCUCUUCCCAGAGCGGCUUCAUCCCCUGAGGGGAAUCUCUUGCAGUGCUCACACAUCAAGUCUCCCAUUCAUAUGCAACCAGUAAGGACCCUGCUUAGGGAGCAUUCUCGUCGGGGCUCAAAAGCCUUGCCUUGCGGAGUAGCUCUGGGGACCUGCCCUGAACCGCAGCCACACAUCUUCCUCACUUCCCAUCAAAUGUGCACCAGCGAGAGCGUGAUCAGGAUGAGUUGCAGCCGGAAGGGGUCCUGUUAGUGUACCAACUUCAGGACUGUGGACAGCUCCUUCAGCUGUGACUCAGACACCUUCCAGGAACCAACCAACUUGCUGCUGUUUUAAUGCAUUUCCCUGAUGGAGAUCACGGCCGGCAACUUUGUCCUGCCAAAGGGUGAACGCAAAGGUACAUUCGGUGCCCACAUUGCUGCUCUACAGAGACUUUGCAAAGGAAAAGGGGUGCUCGAGGGUCUUCGGCCUUUGGACAAAUAAUUUCGUGGGGGGAACAGAAGCAGCAUCCUCUCGGAACAUGGAUCAGCUUCGGAGUGGAUUCCCAGUCUUUAAGAACAUCGUCACGUGUUAUUUCCUUGUGUUCUGGUCAGCAUCUGUCCAGGGCCGGACGCAGACCCAGGCAGAAGAGCGUCUCUUCAAGCACCUGUUCUCUGCCUACAACAAGUGGUCCAGGCCAGUCCGCAACACCUCUGAUGUCGUCAUCGUCCGGUUUGGCCUCUCCAUUGCUCAGCUGAUUGAUGUGGAUGAGAAGAACCAAAUGAUGACCACGAAUGUUUGGCUGAAGCAGGAGUGGAAUGACUACAAACUGCAGUGGAACCCGGUGGAUUUUGACAACGUCACUUCAAUCCGGGUGCCCUCCGAGAUGAUCUGGAUCCCGGACAUUGUGCUGUAUAACAAUGCUGACGGGGAGUUUGCCGUGACGCACAUGACCAAGGCCCACCUCUUCUCCAACGGCAGCGUGAAGUGGGUGCCGCCGGCCAUCUACAAGAGCUCCUGCAGCAUUGACGUCACCUUCUUCCCCUUUGACCAGCAGAACUGCAAAAUGAAGUUUGGCUCCUGGACCUACGACAAGGCCAAGAUCGACCUGGAGAGCAUGGACCGCCACGUGGACCUGAAGGACUACUGGGAGAGCGGGGAGUGGGCCAUCAUCAACGCCGUGGGCACGUACAACACCAAGAAGUACGACUGCUGCACCGAGAUCUACCCCGACAUCACGUACAGCUUCAUCAUCCGCCGCCUGCCGCUCUUCUACACCAUCAACCUCAUCAUCCCCUGCCUCCUCAUUUCCUGCCUGACCGUGCUGGUCUUCUACCUGCCCUCCGACUGCGGCGAGAAGAUCACCCUUUGCAUCUCCGUCCUCCUCUCCCUCACCGUCUUCCUCCUCCUCAUCACCGAGAUCAUCCCGUCGACCUCCCUGGUCAUCCCGCUGAUUGGCGAGUAUUUGCUCUUCACCAUGAUCUUUGUCACCCUCUCCAUCGUCAUCACCGUCUUUGUCCUCAACGUCCAUCACCGGUCGCCGAGCACCCACAAGAUGCCGCGGUGGGUCCGCACCGUCUUCCUAGACUUCAUCCCCCGCUGGCUUUUCAUGAAGCGCCCUCCAGUGUUAGCUCCGGGGCUCAAGGUGGCCAGUGAGGAGGUGAUUGGGCAGUACGACUCACCCCCUGCCAAUCUUAGUACAUCACGGUGCUGGCUGGAGACGGACAUUGACGACAAGUGGACCGAAGAAGAGGACAGCAGUGAGGAGAGGGUGCACGCGGGCUGGCUGCCCCUCCAAGGCGCCUGCCGCCAUCACUGCCUCCAGUACCGCUACACUUGCGCCCGCCACCUGGGAAGGGGCUUUGUGGAGCUGGUGCAGCGGCCAGCCAGCAAGCCAGAGGACGUCGUGUCGUCUGAGCAGGGGCUGCAGCUCUCUCCAAGCAUCCUGAAGGCCCUGGAAGGAGUGCACUACAUUGCCGACCACCUGCGGGCUGAGGAUGCAGACUUCUCGGUGAAGGAAGACUGGAAGUACGUUGCCAUGGUGAUUGACCGCAUCUUCCUCUGGAUGUUCAUCAUUGUCUGCUUGCUGGGGACAAUUGGUCUUUUCCUCCCACCUUUCCUGGCAGGCAUGAUCUAGCCUCUGUGCAGCUGAGUCGGGUGUGUGUGUGUGUGUGCGCACACUCCUCAAAGGUAGCCUAGUUGAGGCCUGUUGAAACACCACCACAUAAACUCUUCCUUGCUUACCUGGUGGAUCCAGCAAAGCGAUUGUCACUGAGAUUCAAAAUGGCCCCAGAUCAGAAGUACCUGUUCCCCAGGGAUCCUUGAGUUAGAUCCUUUCUCAGUUAGCAGAACCCGUUUUUACAAACUAGCGAGAGGAAGAGGGACUGGAGACUCGAUUUUUCUUUCUAGAUUAACUUUGCUGCAGCAGCUGGUUGGGGCAUUGGGUGGGAGGUGCAGCCUGGCAGAGGGCCUUGGCUUGCUGAGAAUGUCCUUCUAAACGGCUGCUGGUGGCUGCAUUGAGUCACUUCUAGCAAAAUGGCUGUCAUGAUUGCUGGCUGAGCAUGUGCGUCCAUGGAGGGGGAGGAUGCUGUGUACAUUGCAAGGGCGCUUGGAGUGUACAGUCAGAGAUAUUGCUGGACCGGGCUUUUCAUCUCCUCCCCCGCCCCCCACCAGUGUUUCCUCCCAGGGAGGAUCAAGUUUGCUCUAAUGUGCUGGGCAGAACUGGCCUCCAACUCAUUCUCUGGUGAGCUGUGGCCAUGAGAAAAUUCGCCUUCCCUGGUGCCAGUUCUGGGUCUGGAGCCCACUUGCUGAGCUCUGGUGUGCACCUGGUGUCCACAGCUGAUGCUGUGCGAGCCCCAUACUUGGGUGGGUGGGGACGUGAAGCAUGCCAGAGUAGGCCACUGGCUGUCCUGUGCCAGCUGCUCUGAGCUUUGCAAGGAAGGAUGAUGCUUGGAUGGUGCUCCUCUCUUGAGAGCUGAAGCCCUCUUCUGAUUUGGCCAGGUGGUGCCUGCUCUGUCUUAAGCCUUUAUCGGCAUCUCUAGGGGCUAGAAUACACUCUGAAAUGUCGUAAAACCAAUGGAGAUUCUCAUAAUGCCAAAUUCAGUCCAGGUGCUGAAAUCUGAAAAUAUUUGUGCGCACGUGGAACGCAUGCAGCUCUUAGUUAUGGGAAACGAAAAAGAUUCUAAAAGUCAGAGAUACAUUUCAAAGAGAGAGAAAGAUUCCACGUCGAAGGGUGGGGGGAAAUAUUAAGAUUUCCAUCAAUAUGUUGGGGAUGGGGGUGGGGGGAGGAAAGGAGGGGAAGCCCCUUCACUCUGGCGGGUUGUGUCGCUGGUCUCACUCCCGGCCCCCAAGCAGACACCGUUCCUCAGCCUGUGGGCCUUUCUGGCUCAUCAGCAAUCCCAUAACCAGGGUGUUCACCGCCUGGGGAAUGUAGACUGGGGAACAAGAUUGCAGCUGAACGUGUGUCCAUCAUCUGAAAUGACUCUGAGGUCGCUGAGCACAGAAUUGGUUUGCAAACAGUGUACGCGUUCACCGCAAUGCAACAUGGGAGACGGAAUACAUUUCUAAAGCAGAUGUGUAGGCUGUUGUUUCCGUAAAGCUGUAGAGGAUCAAUCUUUGUUCUUCCCACUAGCCUCCUCCUCCUGCCACCAGGGAACUGGCCAUGGCAAAGCCCUCGUCUCGUGGUCACCCACUCAGCAUCCUGAUAAGAAUGUAGGAAGCGGCCUCCUACUGAGUCAGACCAUUGGUCCCUCCAUCCCAUAAUAGCCUGCCCUGAUGGGCUGAGAGCUCUCGGGGGCUCUCGGCCCACCCCCUGCUCCCGUGAGAUGGAAGUGCUAGGGAUGGAGCCUGGGAGCUUCUGCGUGCCAAGCAGGGGCUGUACCACUGAGGUCUAGCCCCCUUGUGCAAGCCCUUCUUCUGCUCCCAGUGACCACUUGGGGAGGGUGAAGCUUUUAGUGAUGGGGGGAGUCCAAACAUAGACCAUCUCCCUGCUCCAGCCAAGCCCACUGGCAGUCCACACAGCUAGGCUGCAGAGGAUGGAGAUGACUCAAGGGUUGCCUUCACACCCGGCCCCCAACUCUAGAGCACGGAUGAGCAUAUGUGUCUUUGCCUC